UGAUAAAAUAAAUAAUAAAUAAUAAAUAAUAAAUAAUAAAUGAUAAAUGCAAAUGGGAUCAUUUGUUUGUCAUUACGAAUUUCUUUUUGUUUGCUCAUUUGCAUCGAUCUUUAAUUCCAACUUAUAUCCCAAGCUGAUAGAUUUUUACUUGGUUCUCGUCAAAACGAUUGGAAUAAUUGGAAUGAUUGGAACAAUGGAAAUAGUGGGAAUAAUUAAAUGCAAUAAUUAUAAUUAUUAUACCAAUUAUCACAACCACCAUGAUACAAGUUUGAUUGGUACUGUUAUUCCAAAUUCCAUAAAUAGGGCUGCUCGACUAUUUCAUUCAAUUUCAUAUAAAAUUUUAGGUGAUUUGGCAAUGUAAUAAUAUUAAUUUACAAAUUAUUGGGUAUUCCUACUGGCCAGCAUCAUCAAUUUUCUUUAAAUUGAUGAUUUUGUUUUUUAAUGUGAGACUGUCCUGUCAAAAUUUGAUAACUGAAACAAAUUUAUACCAAAGAAUAAUAUGUCAAAAGAUGAUUGAAAUUUGAAACUGUCAAAUUUUUCUUUAGUAUGGUUCAUAUAUUCCUCUUUCUUCGUUUGCUAUUAUUGACAGUAAAUAUGUAUUUUUU